AAAACAGCGGCCAUAUUGAAAAUGGCGUUGCUACUCCACGCAGUUAAGCAUGUACCGAAAUCGUGGUGUACUUGAUACCAGUAUAUCAUUUAAUUUAUGUGUUAAGAAAUAAAACUAUUGCUGGACCAUAAUGAGCGGCCUGUGUAGAGAAGUGAUAACGCUGCAGCUCGGACAUUAUUCAAACUUUGUCGGGACCCACUGGUGGAAUUUACAGGAAGCCUCUCUCUGUUAUGACUCGGAUGGGUCUCCCGGGGAGCUGCAGAGUGAUGUCAUGUUCAGAGAGGGGGUCACCCUCGGGGGACAGGUCACCUACACGCCUCGUCUCAUUGCCAUGGACGUCAAAGGAAGCCUUCAAACAUUACGAGAGGAGGGCAUUCUGUAUGAAGCUGAAAAUAAUGCAAGUCCCCAAAGCUGGAAAGGACAGGUGGUAACACACAAACACACCCGGUCCACCAAGAACUCCUUCCUUCAGGAUCUGGACAAGUUGGAUGAUGGGGAGAUCCUGUCAGACGAUGACUUGCACAGCUCCCAGCAGGCACAGCACUCAGGUGCUGUUGCCAAAGAGACCGUGAACAGCAGCCUGGAACACUCUAAGAAGACCUACAGCCUGGAGGGCAGCGUGAGGGUGUGGUCUGACUUCCUGAGGCUCCACCUCCACCCAAGGACCAUCUCAGUCAUUCAUGAGUACAAUCACGAUGGUGAGUCUGGACGUCUAGAGGCAUUUGGGCAGGGGGAGGCACUCUGCAAAGGUCCAGUGCUGGAAGAGCUGGAAGACAAGCUGCACUUCUUCACUGAAGAGUGUGAUUAUCUUCAGGGCUUUCAGGUGCUGUGUGACCUUUCUGACGGGUUCUCAGGCUUGGGGUCAAAGGUUACAGAGCUGCUACAGGACUCCUAUGGAGGACGAGGCAUCCUGACCUGGGGUCUGUCACCUGUUAGUCACCCAAACAUGACGCCAGUGAAGGAGCACUGUCAUUUGUUGAAUGUAGCUUUGGGAAUGGUCCACAUGGCCAAUCACAGUUCGUUCUUCUGCCCCCUCACGCUUAAAGGAGGCCUGGGCCCACGCCCCAACGCAACGCCGGUCUUCCCACACCUCACCUAUGAUCCCUCCAUAUGGUACCACUCUAGCUCACUUUUGGCCCUAGCCCUGGAUACUAUGACUGUGCCAUAUCGUUUGAGACAACACAGCACCCCCAUGUGGCAGAUGGCAGAUGCUCUCGCUGUUUCUGGGAGGAAGGUGGUGUCUGCUUAUGGGGCCAUUCCAUUUCCUGUGGAUCAUGGCACGUAUCUGUCAGAUGCUCUUGAUGCCUUCACUGAUGGUCUGCCAUGGAAACCCCUCUCAGCUUGUCCUGAGCAGGGGAACGGAGGCUGCUAUGGCCAGUCAGUGGCCCUCAGGGGUCUGGAGAAGCAAAGCUUGGUCCGGCCACGGGUACCAGGCCGCCAGCCCCCAUCAGCACUGGACUACUUCUGCAACGGAGAGGAGAUUCUGGCCUCAUAUAUCCAAUCCCACUAUCCAGCCAGCCCCAUGGCUGUGCAGACGGUGUCCAGUGCCAGCAAGCUGACUCCACCCUUUCCACAGAUCUUCAGCAAAUCCAUGGGUCCACAGGGCCUCUUGCAUCAGCAGGUCCGAACCAAAGCUGUAGUUCCUCCGGUGGUCGGGGUUCCAGUGCUGACCUCUCUUCAGUCGUCUCCAGCAUUAGGCCCAUGGCUGUCAGAGCUGCACAUUGCGGCGAGCCGUCUGGACCCACGCCGUAUUGCCCCCAGCUUCCUGACGCACGACCUGGAGCACAGCGACCUACAGGAGGCGCUGGAACAGCUGCGUGUCCUUGCACACUGCUACCGCAAUGACAACUCCGGCAUGCGCAAUUCCUCUUCAGACGACGAUGACAUCUGACUACUCACCUUGGUGACAUCAGGGAUUGAGAUGACUGGUCUAAUGAUGUGAGCAAAGAUGGUGGUGAACCAUGCUGGCCGAAAUGAAGGCUGCCAUCCCUUGCAUGCUGAAGAUGAGCGAAGUGGAGUCAGCACUGAUUAAAAAGGAGUACCUGACUAACCUAAAUGACCGAGCACUGUUUGGUAUGCUUUGGGCCCCAAGAGAACUUCUCUUGCACAGCUUUGAUCUAACUUAGCCCAUGCACAGGUCUAUCUUAGUGAGGACUGUACAUAUUAUUGUACCAGAAUUAGGGCAAGUGAACUAUAAUGAUGUAUAAAACAUGUCCACAUCCAUGUGUUGAGUGCUUCUCCCUGCAGAAGACAAAAGAAACCAUGACAACCGGUCAGCAUCACGUCAGCGUCAGCAUCACAAGCUUCAAUGAACCAACCUAGUACACACUAUAAAGGGGUUGUCAAGCGGCUCUCCUCCUUUAUCAGUGUUUCACUAAAUCAAGCCCACAACACAUCUGAAAUGUUCAACAGUGGUAUCUGUCAUCCCAGACCCCCUCUUCUCCAUACCUGUUCCUGUUGUCCCCCUCCCCCUCCCCCUCCCAAAACAAAGCCUUUUUAAGGUUUGGAAUGUUACACAGACUACAUACAAGUGUCAAUGUACAGGUUUAAGAUGUCACCACAAUAAAAUACUAAAUAUCCAUUGUG